AUUUCACAUCUGGAGAGCGCAGAUGUUGCGCUUUUGGGAGCUUGCGUUUCCGCGCUGUCAUUAUUUCCGUUUCCAACUCUGUGAAGACGAAGUGCACGCCCCCGCCCCUGUGUCUUUAGCCCCAAACACUGUUAGAGCUCUCCGGGCUUUUAGACUCUGCACUAAACUGUUAGAGACAGUUGUUUGGGACCAUGGGGGACAUCGAGGCUCCCGGAUCCAGCGCCUCUCCCUCGGGCCUGGGGGUUCUUAUGGCACUUCUUCCGAGCAAAGAGUUUUCCACGUCCAAGAAAGGCAUGCUGCUCAUUGGAGAAGUGGCCCUGUCCUUCAUAGAUUUCAUUUGCUUCGCUGCGUCUGCGGCGUCUGCCUUUGUCACAGUUCCUCUGAUUGAAUUCUUGGGGGCGCUCUUCAUGCUCUUCGCUUACUCCUCCAAAUUCAACGAGAGGUUUAAAGGAUUCCUCUGGCCUCUAAUGGAUUUCCUGAGGUGUGUGACAGCGUCCAUUAUUUAUUUCAUCGUGUCUAUAAUGGCCAUAUCUAAUUAUCGAGGCGGCUCCUCCAAAGCUGCAGGGGUUUUUGGGUUCAUUGCCACCAUUAUUUUUGCUUUAGAUUUUUACAAAGUUUUUAUUGAACUGGCGGAGUUCCUCAAACAAGGAGGAGAAUCACAGGAAGAGGCGACGCAAGAAGAUAAAUAUUCAGAGUCAGAUGAUGAUUCUGACUGAAGUCGCACGUCCUCAAAAACCACGACCCCCAAAAGCAGGAGUUUAACGUCAAAAUGUCACAUAAUGAGACUCUUUGUCUGUUACAGCCUGGACUCAAAUUAUGUCCUUGGUCUUUGGUCUUUUUGUAACAGUCCAUUUCAAACUUAUUGAAAAUGUGAAAAGCAGCAGGCUCGACCUUUGCCUGGUGCAAACUGUGAUUUCCACAGAGGAUCUGUGUUACAAAUGUGUGGCUGAAAAUAAGGUACUUUUCAUCUUUAAAAGUGAUUGUUAUAGUAAUGGGAGUCACAGAUUUAGGGUUGGCUGGUUACAACCUGUUUUAUUUUCACUUUUUGUAUCUUGUUUCAUGCUCUGCCUUUGACAGUGUCUCUUAUGUUUGCGACAGUUAAAAUAAUGUCACAUUUUUAUUUUGAACACAAGUAUAAACAGCAUGUGAAUGUUUUACUAACCUGUGCAUUUGUACCUGUUUGAUUAACCUUCACUUUUUACUUUCACUGUUCCUGACGCCGCACUGACUGAAAACUGCAGAAUCUGUAUUUGUUUGGAAACUGUGAGCUGUGAGACGCCGG